AUGACCAGCCACAUGAGUUGGAAUCGAAGACACUUAAAAAUGGCAGAUGGUUUGGACUUCAAGACAAGAAAUGCAGGGGCCUCAGCCACCUUCCCAAUGCAGUGCUUGGCAUUACAUAAGAAUGGCUUUGUGGUGCUCAAAGGCCAACCAUGUAAGAUUGUGGAGAUGUCUACCGCCAAGACCAGUAAGCAUGGCCAUGCCAAGGUCUACCUGGUUGGUAUUGACAUCUUUACUGGGAAGAAAUAUGAAGAUAUCUGCCCGUCAACUCAUAAUAUGAAUGUCCCCAACAUCAGAAGGAAUUUUUUCCAGCUGAUUGGCAUCCAGGAUGGGUAUCUAUCACUGCUUCAGGACAGUGGGGAAGUGCGAGAGGACCUGCGCCUGCCUGAAGGAUACCUUGGCAAGGAAAUUGAGCAGAAGUAUGACUGUGGAGAAGAGAUCCUGAUCACGGUGCUGUCUGCCAUGACAGAGGAGGCAGCUGUUGUAAUCAAAGCUAUGGCAAAGUAACUGGCUCCCAGGUGAGUGACUUCUGCAGCAGCGAUC